UUUUGACAAUAUCUUAUUUAAACUUGUGAAAUUAAUUUUAAAAUAAAUGGCUUGUCCAUCUUAACUCUACAUCCAGUAAACGAUAAAAAAAAAGGAAAUGGCUUUUAAUAAGGAAAAUCUUGUGUUUGUACUAGAUGUACGUCAAGGUACCUCAGAAGAGUUUAAACAAAAAUCUAUAAAGAUAUGCGCGAAUGUUAUUAAGCAGAAGAUUUGCUGUGCCAAAAAAGAUUUUAUAUCAUUUGUUCUAGUAGGUACUGCUGAAACUUGCAACGAAAUCAACAGCAAUGAUUCUCCUAAAGGUUAUUUGAACAUCUUUCAAUAUGGUGAAGAAUUCGCGCCUACCUCUUGGCGGCUCUUAAUGAAUUUUUAUCAAUUUGUUAAUGAGACAGCUGGCAAUGAAGGCAAGUGGUUGGACGCUGUGGUGGUAGCAUUUAAUAUGUUAAAGAGUGCUUCAGAGCAAAAUAAAGUGAAAAAUUCACGAAUUGUUUUAUUUUACGAUUUCGAUUAUGGCCACAAUACUUAUGAUGCUUACAAUGAAAUAACGCAAAGCUUACUGCAAUAUGAAGUGAAUUUAAUAGUGGUUUCCGACAAUAUUGGCUACAUUGAUAACGCUGACAAUAAUGAGCCCCAAGCGGUUUUUUUGACCGACAGGAAAUCAGAUGAGCAACUAGAAAAUCAGAAAUAUGCUUUGCGUUUAGUUUCUCAUAGUAACGCAAAACUGAGCAAUUGUACGGAGGCAUUUAAUGUAAUUGUAAAUGUGAAAAGCUCUCGUCCCUGGUGUUGGAAUAGUAAUUUACGUAUAGGUUCAGCUAUAUCCAUAGCCGUUAGCGGGAUUAUAAUGGCGAAAAAUGAAAGUACCGUUAAGUUGCGGAUGAUUUGGAAUGAGACGGAUGAAGAAUUAACCAAAGAAUGGGGUUAUUUCAUUUCUGGCAAUCAGAUAUGCCCUGAACAAGAUAGUCUUAUGGAUGGCUACAUGUUGGGAGGCUCCCCUAUUCCCUAUGAUGAAACAGUAGAUGAUGAUAAACUGAAAUUGCCUAAAGGAUUAACUUUUAUGGGUUUCAUUCCUCGCAAUUUAGUUUACGAUGAAUACUUCAGUGGGCAAUCUACUUAUUUAAUAUUACACCAAAGGGGAAUGACAGCCUCUGCUAAAAAGUUGGAUGCUCUGGUAAGGGUAUUAUUGAAGUGCAAUCGGGUCAUAUUGUGUUGGAAAGUGUACAGCGAAAAGUUCAAUAAGCCCCGUAUUGUUGUGUUAAUACCGAACGAGCCGCAACCUGAUUGUCCAGCUUCAUUAAAUAUGUUAGAAAUGGCUCAUCAUGCCCAAUAUCAUUUCUUUGAAUUUCCGAAAUUGGCCACAAAGAAAACUGAGUGUUCUAGUGAACAAUUGAAUGCCAUCGAUCACCUGAUCGAUUCCAUGGAUUUAUCCUUAAAUAUAAAAGAAUCUGAAUUACCUCGGGAAAGACAACAGAAAAGCCACUUACCUCUUAACCAAUUGCCUCACAUUUUCGAGCAUAACUUUAUGGAUAUUAUGGAGAGAAAAAUUAUUUGUAAAGCCAGUGAAGACGAUGCAAUGUUUGAGGAAAUGUUAAACGAUAAAAACUUUGUAGAAAAAUUUUGGAAACUUCCCGAUCGGAUUGAAGAACAUGCAAAAGAGGCUGCAAAAAAAGUGAAAAGUGAGUUUCCGUUACUAAUAAACAGGGAAUGGUUAGCAAAAGUUAAAGCGAAAAUCAAUGCUAAAUAUAAUGAUCCACCGAAUAAAGAUGAUAAAGACGCGGAUGAUGCUUCUCUCGAGGAACUCGAUUUCGAUCAUGUUCGUUCUUUAUCACCUGCUGAAGAUUUCAAAAAGCUUCUUAAACACUAUGCCUUACCGAUAAAAAAUCAAACGCAACGCGACAUUAAAUUCAACCAUUAUGCCUCCCAACUACGAUCAGUUGUUUGGAAUCUUCUAUUUAAGCCGAAAUUUUUUAUAGAUUUCAAUAAAGUCGCUGACGCCCUGGAAGCCUACCGAAAGCGUAGUUUUGUUUUCAAUGCUUAUGACGACUACAAUAUAUGGAUUUUAAAUGUUAAAGCCGAAAUUAUGAAGCAACGUUUGAGUACAUUUUGGGAAAAGGUGAUAGUAAAAAAAGAGUUGGGUCUUUGUUUUUUGGCGGAGCCGUCAUUAGAGGAACAAAGGAGAGCCAACGAAUUUUAUAGCUUAGAAUUCGGCGAAAAUUCCUCAUCGUCGGUGUCAGCAGAAGCGGAAAUGAAUAAUUCAUCCAUAGAUGAUUUGUUGGCCGACAUAACAAGCUCUGCUAGUUAA